CGAGCUGGCUGGGCGGCUCGGGAGCGCGCCUCAGGGUCCCGCCCUGGUAUCCUGUUGCGGACGGGCGAGCUGGAGAGCCUUGGGCUGGCGCUGGCAGGAUCUGCCAGAAGACCUGUUUGAAAUGUGGUGGUUUCAGCAAGGCCUCAGUUUUCUCCCUUCUGCCCUUGUAAUUUGGACAUCGACUGCUUUCAUAUUUUCCUACAUUACUGCAAUAACUCUCCACCAUGUCGACCCGUUUUUGCCUUAUAUCAGUGACACGGGAACAAUAGCUCCAGAAAAAUGCUUAUUUGGGGCAAUGCUAAAUAUUGCUGUAGUUUUAUAUAUUGCUACCAUUUAUGUUCGUUAUAAGCAAGUUCAUGCCCUAAAUGCUGAAGAGAACCUUAUCAUCAAAUUAAACAAGGCUGGCCUUAUACUUGGAAUACUGAGUUGUUUAGGACUUUCUGUCGUGGCAAAUUUCCAGAAAACAACUAUUUUUGUUGUGCAUAUCAGUGGAGCUGUGCUCACCUUCAGCAUGGGCUCAUUGUAUAUGUUUGUUCAGACCAUCCUUUCCUACCAAAUGCAGCCCCAAAUUCACAGUAAACAAAUCUUCUGGAUCCGACUACUGCUGGCAAUCUGGUGUGGAGUGAGUGCACUGAGCAUGUUGACUUGCUCAUCCAUUUUGCUCAGUGGUGAUUUGGGCACUGGUGCAGAACAGAAACUCCACUGGAACCCUGAGGACAAAGGUUAUGUGCUUCACUUGGUCACUACAGUGGCAGAAUGGUCUAUGUCAUUUUCCUUCUUGGGCUUUUUUCUGACGUACAUUCGCGAUUUUCAGAAAAUUUCUUUACGAGUGGAAGCCAAUUUACAUGGACUAACCCUCUAUGACACUGCCCCGUGCCCUGUUGCCAAUGAACGAAAACCACUACUUUCCAGAGAUAUUUGAGGAGAGGAUAAAGUAUUUCUGUGGUGAUCAUGAUUCUCAGGGAUUGGGAAAAGGUCCUUAUUGCACUCUGAAAAUUUCAACCACUUAAUCAAGGUGGACAGUGACACUGGUGAAUCCUUAUGAUCAAGAGACAUGAAAUAAGCCAUUUGAUUAGUUAUUUUAGAGGACAUCACCAAAUGAGG